UAUCAGCGAAAAUUAAAUUCGUGUACGUCGCGACAAACCAGAAGUGACAGCGGGGAGUUAUAAUUGCCGUCAUCAUCAAGCAGUGACUUCGACCAUAAUGUUCCUACGUACGAAAACGCUAGCGCUGUAAUCGUCAAACAGUUUGGACCGAAGCAACAGUAUAGUGCGCGGUAGGAAGAAACGGUGCGUAAAACACCGAGAGCACCUUGUAACUGCGUUUUGUUUCACAUUUCGCGAAAAAUGAUGUGUGGUUGAUUUGCUCACAUCAUCCAUUGAGACGUUUGCGGAAAGCACGGACUCGUGCUUCAAUUAUUCUGUCAGUAGUUUCAUCCGGAUCCCGUAGCAAAUCAGUCGAUCGUACAACGAAUAAUGUUCAACGUGCCUCGUUUUGACAGCAGUUCCAAACGAUUAUGAAACGACCAGUGAUUCUUAAAAUAAUCCUCACGUUGUUAUAUUUGUGCUAUGAGUGUUUCAAAUAUAUAACGACAAAAUUCGCUACCAUAAUGGAUUUCAAACAGCAAAACGGCCAAACGCAGUACCCUCGGAGUAGUUCACGCCUGAAACAUCAGUCAGCUGUGGCAUCCAGUGUGUCUACGUCACCCUCGGUAGCACCGCAAAAGGUCACCUUACGGAGAAGAUGUCGCAGUGAGUGCCUGCCAAUGGCACCGAUGCACGAAACCAAAAGCAGUAAAUCCCGACUUCAAGGUCAGCACCACCAUAAUCAACAUCAUCAUCAUCACCAUAAUCACCACCAGCAGCAGCUUCUGAAAUCGAAAGGCGACAAUCCAUCAUUACUAAUCGAAUCAUUCAGCCUGCAAACUACCGGUACCCGGAAGAUGCUGCCAGUGAUCGGAACCAGUGAACAGUUGCCCAGUAUCGCAACCAACAAUGCGAAAGAAAAUGUAAUGCAUAAUGGACACAACCGGCUGGAAGGCAGUGUGAAUGCGAAAGAUGUAUAUAUGAGUGAUCUGGAUGCUUAUCGGAGAGAUCGAAGAAGCGGAUACUACAUGAUCGGAGAUCGACAGCUAGAAUCACGUUUUGCACGAAAUUUAGAAAGUUCAUUCAACCCUCGGAACACAAUUUUUGACCGAAGCAAUAGGAAACUAAGGGCACGUAGUGAAUCCGAACCACACGAACUCUAUACCAGUUCGCCGAUAAUAGCAUCGUCGUUCAACGGAAGAACUACAACUGCCGGUAUCAAUCGUGAUUUAUGUCUCAAGCGAACUCGCGAUACUAUCUCACCAACGCUGGAGGGUGAUGAAACGCUCGAAUGUGUUGCCUCGCCACUGCUUCCCAAAGAUUCGCCACCCUCUAAAAUGAUAAACGCGACUGAAAUCACCGGUCUGGAGGAAGCUUCAAACAAUACUAUGUCUCAACUGCAACAACAACAACAACAGCACCGGUCAAAAGGUGUAAAGACUUCUUCCAGUUCUAACGGAAUACGGGCAACGAAAACUGUUCGCUCUCGUACUGGAGUAGCAGUAAACAAGUACAAGUCAAGUCUGAAAUCCGCUCCGACAACGGUAUCGGCAAUCGUUGCUUCCGGAGGUGGUGUGUCAAGUCUCGUUGGUCGCAAAUCCGUUUCGCCACCACUGCACAAACAAAUGGCCGGUUCUACCUCACCAACUCCGUCCGGGAUUUCUACGGGGACGAGCGGUGGUGAAUCCGUGCAUACCCAGGAUCUGGACACGGAAACGAUCGGGCACUCGGACGUCGGGGAUGAUGAAGACCUGGACGAUGAGUGCGGCGAAGAUGAUGAUUUGGACGAUGAACUAGGUGACGAUGAUGAGCUACUGAACGGAUCGAUAACCGAUUCAGAAGAUAAUUAUCAAACCUAUUUGGCGGCAUACCAGGCAAGAACGAAAUCCCAUUCAACUUCCCCUUCACCCUCAUUGGUGAAAGGACCAGUCACUUCGAUUGGUUGUGUGCAAGGAGGCUAUCCGCCGGAUGGGCCGCUAGCUCCCAGCUUGUUCCCUAACGUACCGCCUUAUAUCACGUUUGCAACACACGAGGACAAAGGGCCCCCGAUGCCACCGGGUAUUCACAAAGUGCUCAAGUGGAAGAUGACAUUAAUAACACCAAUUAUCGUACGGAAAGUCCUCAUCAACAGCGGCUUCCGGCUACUGAAAAAAACGAAUGACUGGAUCGGUAUCUGGGGCAAACACAUGAAGAGCCCUUGCUUCAAAACGUUGCGUUCGUAUCAGAAAUUCAAUCACCUACCCGGAAGCUUUCAAAUUGGCAGAAAAGAUCGCGUUUGGCGAAACCUUCAAGCGCAAAUGAAUCGUCACGGAAAGAAAGAGUUCGGCUUCAUGCCUAGAACCUACAUCAUACCUCAGGAUCUGAAAAUGCUUCGCCAAAUGUGGCCGCGGUACAGUCAGCGAAACUGUAAAUGGAUCAUCAAACCGCCCGCAUCCGCAAGAGGCACGGGGAUCAAGGUCGUCAACCGUUGGUCGCAAAUUCCCAAGCGAAAGCCACUUAUUGUGCAGAGAUAUGUUGAAAGACCUCUGCUGAUCAAUGGCAGUAAAUUCGAUCUGCGGUUAUAUGUCCUGGUAACUUCUAUUAAUCCUCUCAGGGUUUAUAUGCAUACCGAUGGGUUGGCUAGAUUUGCCUCGGUUAAGUACAGUGAAAAGUCGGAUACGUUGAGCGAUCGAUACAUGCAUUUAACUAACUACAGUAUUAACAAACUGUCAAACAACUACAGUGCCAACGAGGAUGCGGAUGUCUGCCAAGGUCACAAAUGGACGAUCAAAUCACUAUGGUCCUACUUUGCCGAGCAAGGUAUCGACACCGAUCGACUCUGGGGUGCUUUGAGGAACUUGGUUCUUCGAACGAUACUGGCCGGGGAAGGACCGAUUCAUGCCAUGUCUAAGUUGAAUGUAGCUAGCAAAUACAACUGCUAUGAACUGUUCGGGAUUGACGUGUUGCUUGAUUCAGAACUAGUUCCCUGGUUGUUAGAAGUCAAUAUUUCACCCUCGUUGCAUUCAGCGUCGACACUGGAUGCUCACGUGAAAGGGCCGCUUGUGAAAGCUUUACUAAACGCAGUUAUGUAUCAGAUUCCUCCGAGGAUACCUCUCGCCGAACAAAAAGAAAUAUUAGCUGAACAGGGCCUAGAGGCACCUCUUUGUUUUGACAAACGAAUCUACGUAUCUUUUCUAUCUAAGGCGGAACGACUGAAGCACAAUCAAUUUAUACAGAAAGAAAUGGCACGAGAAGAGUAUCUCAAUUCGAUUCUGGAUGACCUAACACCAGAUGACGUACGUUGUUUGUUACUCACCGAAGAUGAACUCGCCAGAAGUGCCCCGCUGGAACGUAUCCUUCCUGCUCCCAACAGUCAUCGUUACAUUGGAUUUACCGAAUAUCCACGGUAUUACAAUCGAUUGUUGGACGCAUGGGAACAACGUUAUUGCCACAAACGUGCCGAAGGUAUUGCACUGCUUCAGUCUCUUUGUGAGAAGAAGAUUCAUCUGCAGGUACCACCUAGCACACUGAAAAAGGAGUUUUGGGAAGCCUUUCGAGCAGCGUACUGGCGCUGCCGAACAAUCCAGGGUCGUAAGUGGCAAAAUUUCCAUUGUUCUCUUUUAUUAGCAAAUUGAAUUGUUAUUUUUCAACAACAAAAAAAAAACAUGCCAACAGUAUUUAUAUUCAUAAUUAUUGCUAAUGACGUUGUUUUACCGAAGAGCUUUUUAAUCGUUACGAAGUUUAACAGAACUAGUUUUUAAUGUUGCUAUCUAGAGCUAGAUUUCAAUUUUCUAAGAAUAGUUUAACAUUUACUAAAAAUACACAGAAUCGUAAACUAACGAAAAAUGUAGGUACAUUUUUGUUCAUGGUUAUGAAGAACUUAAUUUCAGUAGAUUCAUAGAGGUAGCAUUCUAAGAAGUUCAACAUUUUUUACGAAAGAAAAGUAGGAUUAGUUAGCAAAUAUAUUCAUUCUACUGUUUGAAGAGCAUCUUAUAUUUAAUUUGUCGUUCACACCAUUAGGUCGGAGCUGAUAUUGACACUGUUCUGGUUUGAACUUUGGAAGUCCCAAAUAUGAUAAUUUUCAGAAUUCAACCAUUCCAAAGUUGUGCAUUGGUUGAAAUAAUUACCCAUGUGUAAUUCCAGUGACAAUUUGCGCGAACUUCUAUCUCAGGUAGAGUCCGUGCGAAAGAAAUAAUCAUUAAUUCAGAAAGGAAUAUCAAUUUAUCACCCCUAUUCCGCAUUUCGAACGAAUGUAAAAAUGUUCACACUUGCACUUCGAUCGAGUAAUGUGUUUGUAUGGAAAACUCGAACUCGAUCGAAAUACAGAGUCAAAAACUGCACAUUCAAUCGAAGAAUUUCGUUUCGAUCGAAAUGCAGAAUAAGGGUGGAAUAUACACUCAAGUCUCUUUUUAUUCGGGUUUGUUAGGAACUUGAGGUGCGAUUUCGAAAUUCUCAAAGUUCCAAAAACGAUAUUACUAAAACAAAUCGACAUAACACAGAUCUUGACGUUUUAUGCAUUUCUAAAACAUUUGGCAUAAGAAAUAUUUACUUUCGACUUCAGAAAUCUCGAAAUUCCAAAAAAUCCCAAAGCCGAUAUUAAAAAAAGUUUCCUUAGUUUGCGUUUUUUUAUGCGAAUUUUCAAUUUUUAAGACUUGAGUCAAAUGCUAUACUCCUAUUUAAAUAAAACUCAAAUGCGCUACCAGUUACUUCACUGCAGAUAUGCAAAGAAAACUUAGCCGCGGUUCUGUACUGGCAGUUAUUAAAUUAAUCAGAAAUUAUUUAUUCGUACAAAUCAUGUGAGUUAUCUUGCUAAUUUACAGUUUUAUUUACUUUAGUUAUAUCCAAACCGAGUACAGAAUACUAAUCCUGCUACAUACUUAAAAAUUAUUCCUCGUGGUCUAUUUUACUAUUAAGUAUAUCUUAAGCAAUAUGUCGAUAUUGCAACUUGUAACAACGACUUGUAUUGAGCGAAAACUAUACUGAAGUCUUAUUUUAAGCAGAUCUACAAAGUCACGAGAUUUUUUUAAAUACAAAUUACCGAAAUAACACGUUUUUUUUACGUAGAUUACCGAAGUUAAGCGGAUUUCAGAAGUUACGCGAAUAUCUGAAAAUAUGCGUUUUUUUGUGCGCUGCGUAUCUCCCGAAUAAAAAAGACUUCAGUGUAUAAGUGUUUCCAAGCUACAUGACUUUGAAUUGCUAGGAAAACUGAUAAACGUCAUAUUUUUCUUGUGUAAAUAAAAAUUCACUGUAUCAAAAAGUCUUUAGUAAACACCUAGAUCAGGGACUCAGAGUUCGAAAUGUUCCACCGCUUAUUCUGGAAGGGAUAGUAAAAUCGCACUAGCUAAGCUCAUAUCAAGUAUACUGAAAAUUGCCUCUGGAUUCCGAUAUUAGAAAGGAAGAUUCAACGGAAUGUAGUAUUUAGAAUUUUGUUAUUAAUUCUUCACUAUCACUGUCCUGACUAAGCUCCUCAACAUUUUCAAAAAUGACUUUUCCACUGAUCAACGCCAUUCAUAUUAUUGUCAUUUGCUAAGCCAUUUUCUGAAAUUAUCUCUCACCGCUCACUGCAAUGAAUUAAACAUUAGCUUAAAUUUCAUUUAAAAAAAUGUGGAACUCGUUAAGGAUUUUCCUAGUGUGAGCAACAAAUGGUUGUUUUGAUCCGUAAUGUGUCGCAAUUGGAUAUCAAUAAAUAUAUUAAACCAAAAUUGAAGAAAUAUUUUUACUCGAAUACGGUUUUGAACUUCGGAAAUUCAACCCAUCCGACCGUCUGUUAAGCGAACUAUUGCAUCAUCGGAAACGGAAUUACCAUCAAGAAAUUCCUAAAUUGAUCAACUUCAAGAAAACAUUUAGAUAGUAAGCGACACACUUCUGGGGAUAUGAAAAUAAAAUUGUGUUUACAAGGUCCGGCAAUUGAAGUCCUGCAUUGAAACAAACAGAUAAAUUAACCAGCCCAAAAACAUUUUAUUUCAAAAUCAAUAUAUUUCACGUGAAAAAAAAUCACAUUUUGUUAAACUUGUUUACCCUUAAGGUGUACCACUUGUUGCAGGUAAUCGAGGAACGCAUAACACGAGUCCCGAAAAUGGUCUUGAAUUAUUUGUAUUCCUGGUUGAUACCAAAUGUCGUUUCAGUCUCUCCACUUCUUGAUUUUUAGAGCAGACUUCAGACAGAGCUUUUGUCCUAUGUGACUGAUACAAUGUAUAAUGGUUUAUAGGCGUACAUUACUUAGGCAGAUUUUUCCCUCGCUUCCGAUACAACUAACCACGACAUCUCGGUUGCUAAAUUGGAUAGAUUUUGAUUCGGUUUGUUCAUUCUUCGUUGGUUACAGUCAUAUGUGAGGAAUCGUCGUUUAGCAAUCAAAAUAUUUAUUUUCGAAAAGUUCCUUGCAUCAAACGUAAUUUCACAGGAAAGCCAUAUCGGUCCGUUGAUGUUUUUACUGUAUUUCAACGAUGUCAAUUUUUCUCUAGAAGAUCCUCGUUUAUCGUUUGCCUCUUGAUCUUCACCAUGGCAGGUGUCAUCAGAGUAGCUUGAUGUCCCACCAUAUCGUUUUUUAUAUUUAGGGUUUAGCCAAAGGGCACAUAACCGUUAAGUCGUUCAAUUCAAGUUUCGUGUGCAACGUAAUAAUGACUGUAGAAGUAAUGACAGCAGUUCCAUUGUCGGACCCUAUCUAUAAUUUUUAAUACAAUGAACAUGUGUCAAUAUAAAAAUUUCGUUAAUUCAUACGUGCCAUUGUGCCUUAACAGACGAACAUAUCGCGCAUCCGCAGCCAUUUCUAUCUACUCUACAAACAAAGAAACAAUUCUGUUCAAA